AUGAUUAAAGAUAACAUAACGCGGGCCAGUGAUUCCAAUGUGUAUUUGGGCCGUGGCCGAGGAAACAGAGAGUUCCCACAUAGUCGACCAUGUAGGGAGAUGGGACGCGAGAUCCACAGUAGAUAUUUUGGUGUCAAAACAAAGUACCAUUUAAAAUAA